UUCAAACGAUAGGCUGGCUCAAGCUGGGCUCGUUUACACCCGUGAGCUGACCAUUAGUUUUCCAUGAUGCGAAAUCAUUGGUUCUUAUGGGAAUGGUAGUCUUGCGAUCUUCUUCCCUCGUCCCCAAGUUCUUCACAGAAGCCCAACCUCUGAUCUUAAACCUUUUUGUUUGGCCAUCCCUGAAAAGUACACCCUCUUUCCGUUCCGCUCGCGUUUCACUUCUACAGAGAUUCCCCGUUGGAUGUCGCUUUGUUGCGUCCGCUGCCGGAGGAUCUGGGGGCAGUUCAAACGGAGAGGAAGGCCCUUCGUUGGAGUUCUUGGCCAACAAAUUCCCAAUCUCUGGAGCUGAGGAUGCUUUAUUGGGUUUUAUGGAUGGAAGAAGGAAGGCGACUGAUGUAGCUCAUUCAGUCUGGAAGAAUGUCAUUCGAGGAGGUGAUAGAGUAGUUGAUGCUACUUGUGGUAAUGGCUAUGAUACUCUGGCAUUGCUUAAACUGAUAGCUGAUGAUUCAAGGAGGGGUUGUGUUCAUGGAUUGGAUAUUCAGAAUUCUGCAUUAGAGAAUACUGAUUAUUUGCUGAGAGAGUCUGUUGUUGAAGAACAGAGGGAACUGGUUAAGCUGUCUUUACUAUGUCACAGCAGGAUGGAGGAUAUUUUAUCAAACGAUACCCCUAUCAGGCUUAUAGCAUUCAAUUUGGGAUAUCUUCCAGGGGGAGAUAAGGCCAUAAUUACAAAGCCACAUACAACAUUAUUUGCAUUGCAAACUGCAAGUAGGAUAAUAUCCCCUGGGGGACUUAUCAGCAUUAUAGCUUAUGUUGGUCAUCCUGGUGGAAGGGAAGAGUUUGAAGCUGUCCUUUCAUUUGCAUCCAGCCUGCCUGUUGAGGGCUGGAAUUGCUUCAAAUUUGAAACUGCAAAUAAACCAGGUGGACCAGUUCUUAUCUUCAUAUUCAGGAAAUAGUCUUCUGUUCAAGAUAAUUACUGAAAUGCUUGUUUGGAGGCAAGACAUUCAACACUUUUUACUGCUACUCUUUUUCAGUGCAGGGUUCCGACAUCUAAACAUGUGCUAUAUCUGAUUCCUGCAGUGUUGAAGGAUCAUGUAUGCCAAUAUUUUUCUGUGAAGGCAUGGCUACAGCUAACUUGAAGCAAUUAUGGGAGCACAUACCUAGGGUCUAUUUGGAACGGCUGCAGCUGUUUGAAUAAACAUUUGUAAAGUUGUUGCAGAAGAAGUUAUUCAAAAAGUUGUGUUGGCUAUCACAACAUUUUUUCAAAAUGUCAGACUACAAUUUUCAAAAAAAAAUAGGCAAAACACAGUUUGUCAAACACAAAAAAAUAUGGCGUGACACCACACCGCUGCCCUAAAAGCACCCUUAGUUUAUUGGUUGGAACUACUAACAUUUCUUCGGACGUCAAAUUUGGCUUCACAUGAUUCAUUAAAUAUUAAGUCCAAAACACCUUUUUUUUUAUUAAA